UUGCCCUGCGCCGCCGCCGUCAAAAUCCGAAGACUUGUUUGUAGAUCGCCGAGCGGUAGUUUCGGUCGCGCUCCUGGGUCCGCACCUCUGCUGGAGGCCGCAGCCAGACCCGCGCCGGAGCCAUGGUGCGUUGGAUUCCGAGCUCAGGCAGGGUUGGGGCAAAGAUCCGCCGACUGGGGGAUGUUUCGCAACCAGUAUGACAAUGAUGUCACUGUUUGGAGCCCUCAGGGCAGGAUUCAUCAAAUUGAAUAUGCAAUGGAAGCUGUUAAACAAGGUUCAGCCACAGUUGGUCUGAAGUCAAAAACCCAUGCAGUGCUGGUUGCACUGAAGAGAGCACAGUCAGAGCUUGCAGCUCAUCAGAAAAAAAUUCUCCAUGUUGACAACCAUAUUGGUAUCUCGAUUGCGGGACUUACUGCUGAUGCUAGACUGUUAUGUAACUUUAUGCGCCAGGAGUGUUUGGAUUCCAGAUUUGUAUUUGACAGACCUCUUCCUGUGUCUCGUCUUGUAUCUCUAAUUGGAAGCAAGACCCAGAUACCAACGCAACGAUAUGGCCGGAGACCAUAUGGUGUUGGACUGCUUAUUGCUGGUUAUGACGAUAUGGGCCCUCACAUUUUCCAGACCUGUCCCUCUGCUAACUAUUUUGACUGUAGAGCUAUGUCCAUUGGAGCACGUUCUCAAUCAGCUCGUACUUACUUGGAGAGACAUAUGUCUGGGUUUAUGGAGUGCAAUUUGAAUGAACUGGUUAAACAUGGUCUGCGUGCCUUACGAGAGACACUUCCUGCAGAACAGGACCUAACUACAAAGAAUGUUUCCAUUGGAAUUGUUGGUAAAGACUUGGAGUUUACAAUUUAUGAUGAUGAUGAUGUAUCUCCAUUCCUGGAAGGUCUUGAAGAAAGACCACAGAGAAAGGCACAGCCUGCUCAACCUGCUGAUGAACCUGCAGAAAAGGCUGAUGAACCAAUGGAACAUUAAGUCAUAAACCAGUCUAUCUGUAUAUUAUCAAAUAUGUAAGAAUUCAGGAGCACGUACUGAUGACAAUAAUCUAUACUUUGAACCAAAAGAUGCAGGGUGGUCUUAUGGUAUGUUUUAGGAAUCAGCCCAGAUGUGUUUUUCCCAGGCUACUUCUCUGAAACCAUAUGAUGGUAUGCAUUUUUUUUUUGAGAGGGUCUAUAUAAUCAUUUUCUAGAAAGUAUAGUUAUCUGUACUAAUGUUUUUAUAUGAAGAACAUAGUGUCUUUGUGGUUUUAAAGACAACUGUGAAAUAAAAUUGUUUCACCUGCUGGUG